AGGCAGCAAAGGUAAGCCCUGCCCUCCCAGCCGGCUGCCGCAGCGGUGCGUUGAUGGGACUUUUUCCGGAGUGUUUGAAAGUUGUCAACAGAGAAGCAGAGGAGGGAGCAGGAGAUCAGCGGCUUUAACGGGACUGCGGAGGAGGAGGAAUGGGCUGCACUCAGAGCAAGAAGAAAAGCAAAGGCAAGAAAGGAGAGAAGACUCAGAAGGCGAACAUCCGCCAGGAUGAUGAAGGCAAACGUGCGUCAGGUCAGCCAGACGUCUGUCUGGAGAAGCAGUUGGAGCGGUUUGAGUGGCAGCUGAGGAUUUUAAAGGAGGCCAAUGGGAACCCAGAGAGGGCGGAGGUACUGAAAGACCAUGGUGAUGAAGAACUCUGUGGCCUCGUACUGAGCAUCCUUGAUAAGGUGAAAACGGAGACGACGGCUGAUUUGAACAUUCUGCAUGAACAGAAGAGUAAAUCUGCUACUGAGGAGCACGAGAGGCACGUGGAAGAGCUGCAGAGGAGAAACGAGCACGAGAAAAAUCAACUGACAGAAAAGUUUCAGGCGGCUGAAAACAUUCUCAAGGCUAAAGUGGAGGAACUGACGGCAGAGCUGCAGGUUUACAACGAACUGAAGAGACGAGUCGAAGAAUCGACGUUUAAGAAGGACCUGCAGAGGAAUAUACAGGCUCACGGGAGCCCAGGUGCAUUCUGGGAGUCUGAGCAGGAGUCCCUGGUGUUUGUGAUUGAGAUGAAGAGUGAGCGCGUGCAGGAACAGAACAGGAAGCUGCAACAGAUGGACGUGCUGGUGGAGAAGAAUUUGGCUUUGGAGGACCAGAUCAUCCACACCCUGCAGCAGAACGAGGACCUGAGGGUCCGGAUAGACAACUGCCAGACUCUCAUUCAGCAGCUAUCGAAGGAGCAGCAAGACAUGAAGGUGGCGCUGGAGAGGCAGGUAGCAUCCAACCAGAAGCUUUCUCAGGAAAAAGAGCAGCUAAUGUUCAAGCUGAGACACAGGGACUCGAGCCCGCCCAUCCACCUGCCCACCGUGAUGCCGGAGAUCACGCCAAGAUGACCGACUGCGAGUCUGACCCUGGAUCUUUUUUCGACUAGCACGCAGCCCGUCUGGUUUCAGUAACUGAGCAAAAGAGUCAAACAGAGCGUGAGCGGCCAACCUUUUGAGCUCUGACUCUGCCUACAUUAAUGCUGAACAAUGAGAACAUCGGUUUCACUGCAGCCAGCGGAUCUUCUGCAGUCGAUGAGGUUUACUGAACAACUCUGGAUCCUCUGAGAUCACAGCAAGCUUUAAGCGUUUACCGCUGUAUGCACGAACUGUUUGGAGCCAGAGAGACAUGCUUAUUUUUGUUUUUCUGGCAUUUUCUAAUGACGAUCAUCGGUUUAAUGGCGGUUUAAAUGUUACAGAAAGCUUCAAACUGAGAUACUAGGAAGAGAGUUUUAUUUUAUUGCAGAGCAAAAACGGACUGAUGAGCGUGGCAGCACAGAAAUGCUCUCUCUGUCCGUCACAUCACGUUAGCAGAAAACUGAUUGAGUCGAGUAGUGGAGUGGAACCUAUCUUGAGUUCAAGUUCAAGAACUCCUGCUGGCGCCAUAAAACCUGCAUCAUAUGCUGUGAUGCUUCGUCAGGUGUACCUUUUCAUCAGGUCUAGACCUCCAGCUAUCAACGACUUUCCUUUUUGAAUGAAACUUUUAGCCCACCAUCAGUCUAGAACCCACAUAUUUCAUAAAUCACAUCCAAUAACAGGAAAUGGACAUAUACGUGUGAUAAUAGCCAUAAAACUUGACUAAUUUGAUUUCUUUUGCUGACGAACUAUUACUCCAGUCACUGUAUCUGUAGGUAUUACGGUUCUGGAAAUUCAGAAACCUAAGACGGAUAAACUCUCAUCAGUCUUCAAGCAGUGCCAACAAACUGUUUGUCCAUUCCGUGGUGUGCCUUCUGUGAUCGUCUUGUCUGCCAAAGUGCCUCCCAUCAGGACUCCGAAGUGCUGAUCAAAGAUCUCAUGAGCCUCUUUGUUGGAGUUGGAGCCUUGCUGAGUUGAACAGUAUUAGAUGCACGUGAAGUAGCUGAAGGUUCAAACGUAUUAAACUAUCUCCAAGGACUCUGCUAGGAACCAGGUUUGUUGAUGGUACCAGAAAGUCUGAGACCUUUGAGAUUUCAAGGGUUCUAACAAAGGCCCGUUUUACUUGGAUGGUUUAUGCAUUUGAUGACCUUCCUGAAGGUCCUCAAGAAAAAAUAUGACUAGUACGUGAUGGCUUUCCAGUUUAUUAGUGUUUUAGCGUUUACCUUUGUGCCUUUUCUAACUGCAGGGACUGUUUUUCCACUACUUAUUUUAUCCUUUUUAUUUCCAGCUUGCUCCCUUCACUAAUAGUCCACCAAAUUUAAAAAACAAAACAAAAAACAGGGCUAUCUCUAGAAACAACAGACCUGCUGGGUCUGUCUGGAAUUAGUUUUUUCUUUUCACGUAAAUCACCCCAGUUUCUACUGGUAACUUUCGGCUGUUGGUUAUUUUUCACGAGGUAGUAUUUUACGACACCAGAACUAAACAUAAAAGUGAGCAGAGGUUUAAACCCUGAAAGGACUAGUACAGUUAUCGAUGUAGGGUGGAACCAAACCCACAAUGGAAAUAGAAAGGUAAAUACUGACACCAAUUCACACCUACCCUGUGUUGGAACAAUGCUUAGUGCUUUGUAGGGAAGUCUUUCAGGUUUUUCUCUCAUUACGAACUUCUGCUUGAAGGCUUAGAUCUUUGUUUUUUUUUGUUUUUUUUGUAGUUGGUUCUCUCAGUUCUUCCCAAGCACCUCUAUUUUUUGAUGUUCAAUUGAGAUCACACUUUUCAUUGUACAGCAUCAGUAAUUGAGUAUUUAGGAGCCAAAAAAAGAAACUGCAUUAAAGGUUAUUAAAGUAUUAAAUGGGCUUUCAGAUCAACAGUUUUUCUCAGCCAUAGUUUUAUUUGUUAAAAAAAAUUACACGCUAUUUAUGGCACGCUAACAUAAUAUCUCAUGCUAUUGUCUUUUGGUUGAAAAGCGUUGCAAUAUUAAGAUAUGUUAGCUGAAUGUUAAAACCUAGGACCAGAGCUUCAGUGAACACCUCUGUAAGAGCUAUCAGUGCUGCUUGUUACUGUCAAUUAGGUUUGAUGUGCUAGCAGUAAAUUAUUAGCAUGUUAGUCGUGUGUUUACCCGUUAGUAAUAGUAUAUUAACAUCCCCAGAAAACAAGGUACAUGUCAGAGUGCUAGCACACAAUACUUAAUAAAAUACACAUUCAUAUCUUAACCUUAGCAAGCAGAAUGCUCUAAAGGGUGAGUUUUUUUUUUUUUUUUAACCCACUGUUGGUUUAAAACUACAUUAACAGUGUUUGCUAACAGUU